GAGAUGGGGUGGGGGUGGGACGCUAGCCAGGAGAGGGGUGCCUGGUGGGCCAGGAAUGGAGUCCCUAGGCACAGCGCUGGUCCUCCUGGUGCAGUUCUGGGGAGCCACAGGCCUGAGAGUGCAGCAGGAGCCCAAGUGGCUGUGGGCGACUUCGGGCAGCCGGGUGACCUUGGCCUGCCAAGUGAUACAGUCCCAAGUCUGGGAGCGGCUCCGUGUUGAGUGGACCAAGGACGGCGUGUCCCUGUGUGAGCCACACAUCACCAACGGCAGCCUCAGCCUGGAGGCCUGUGGGUCCCAGGGACAACUUUCCUGGAAGCCACCUGGCAAUCUCACCCUGCGGCUGGACCACGUGAGCCUCAACGACAGCGGGAACUACGUGUGUUCGGUCACCGAGGAGAUUCCUAACCUGAACAUGAAGCAGGGCAAGGGCACGCAGCUCCUGGUGGAGAAAGGACUACCGGUGACGCCGCUGGUGGCAGGGGGCGUGGCCGUGGCCGCCAUCGCGCUGAGCGCCUGGGUGUGGGGCCGCUGUCGCAGCCGGCGCGAGGACUCAGCGCAUCCUCUCUACGGGAACGUCCUCUACCAGCCCCGGGGGGCCCCAAAGAAAACUAAGGUGUGCCGUGCGGAGGGGAAGGUGCUGGACAUCCCCAGGGAGGACCAGAAGAGUCAGAGCUUCUAUUCGAUCUCUUUCCCCCAGCCUCCUAGUCCCCAGCAGCGCCUGGCCCAGAAGACUUGCCUCAGCCCCAGGUCGAAUCACCCUAUAUCUACUGCCCGCGUCUCACCUGACCCACGCCCCUCGCGGCAGCAGAGGCCAGGAGGGCUCCUUGAAGUGGGAAGACGACUCGAAACCCCAGAAAAGACCCCCUCCCACUAACGGCCAUGUGAAAAUGUGACUGAUUUCCCAAAGAGUCAGGGAGUCCAACAGCCCAGCCCAAGACCCCGUCCUCAUUACUGUAACGCUGGUCUCCUCCCUCACCCCCAAAGCAAUCAAUAAAGGCUUAUAAAGGAAA